ACAUAAACCAUCGUCUUUACACUCUGGUUCACAGUGUUACUUAGACUUCAUUUUAAUGUCGGUGAUUAAACCUGCAGAUUUAGGCCUUCUUGAUAUGUGAUGGUUUGAUGUCCGUCAUUUUCAGGAGGGAGAGGAGCAGCUGUUUAUCCAGGUGACCUGCUCCCAGUAUCCCCACACAGAGGUCACCAUCUCCUGCUGCUGGUGUCACAGCAGAGGCUCCGUGUGAACAGUGUCCUCUGAGGACACCCCUACAAGGAACAGUAUCACUGAUUUACAACAGCACUUGAAUGAACUUUAAAUGAACUGUAAAUGCUUGCAGUUGUUUUAAAUCUCCUCAGUGAACGGACGAGUUUACACAGGUAAAGAGCGUGUGUGCACCCCCUAAACCUUAUCAUCCUUGGUGAAUCCAGGGUCAAAGGUCAAACUGUUCAGACCAGCAGUGACGUCCCGCAUCUUCCUUUUAUGUAAGCUUAAAACUUUAUAUGUAGUCUCUGGUCUUAACACGUGUGACAUCUGAUGAAAGAGAAAAGCUACACAUUGUAGUAAAACGUGCUGUUGCCAUGCCAACAGUAACAACUUCUGAAUUAACUGGCUAGGUAUUUCAAAGUAAAGCUUGGCAAAACGCUGCAUGCUUUUAAAUUCCCUUUCAUACUUUUAAUACAAUUUCAAGAAUCAACUGUACCCAUAUGUACAAGAAAUAUUCUUUGCAUAUUAACACAAAAAUAAGUUAAUCAAAUAUCUGCAACACGACAUUUCAAGUCAAAUACUAGUAUUCAAUAUACACGGGAAGAAAAUAUUUUGAGCAGGACAUUAAGACUUGGCUUGAAGAUCUUAAGUCGACGUUGAUCCUUAUACAAGGUUGUGUCUAAAAUUAGAAUAUGUGAGCAGCAGACAGGAAAUAAACCGUUUAAAACUGUUAUUGAAUGUUGAAAGCAGCUUUUCAGGACAGCAGAUUGUGUGAAAAUUACAUGUUGGUCACAGUUCAAAAUAAAAUUGUGAAACAUCACUAAAUUGGUAAAUCCUCUCCUACAUCAUUCAUUUGGGCAAGUAAACCUUCAAGUCACUCAAAAGUGCUGCAUACAGGACACAUUCAGUCGGAUUUUUCCUAUUUACAGUAAAUACCAAGGCCCACAUACAGUUAGUGUUAUAUAAAUUAAGUCAUUUCACCUACAAUAUUAGUCUUCAUUGUUAUCAUAAUUGGCAAUGUUAUUAUUAUUAUUAAUUAUUAUUGGGACUAGAGCUGUUCCUGCAGCCGCCGCUAGAUGGUGAUGCUGCUCCACGUGUCUCCCAAGUGCAGCUGAGCAGAAGGUGGAGGUGCUGCGCCUCCUUCCCUGUCUGAGCGGAGGCACCGGGAGUGGAUCCGCCGCUCGCCUCACUCUAAUCCCGUCUCUCUGCACGGCUCACACGCUCAGUCGUCCGCCAUGGCGACCGCAGAAAGCCUCCUCCUCCUCCUCCUCCUCUCCUGCACCAUCUGAAAAACUCCUCCGGGAUCCUUCAUUCCUCCUCUUCUCCUCUCUGGACGUGGAUUUGACUUCCUCCCGCAGCUCGGACGCACAAACGCGUGGAUAUAAAAAGAAGAGGAAGGAAAAAAAAGCCGCAUUUCAGGAGAAGAGUGUUGAAGAAUCGCGCAGCCGAGUCCUCCUCUCUCUCGCCCCUGCUCGUGUGCUCCUGAAGGGGAAGUGAUUCAACUUGUUUGAGGAGAUUAGGGAUAAGUCCCGGGAGUAUCUUUGCCCUGUUGUUUCUUGUGAUCCUGUGGAUUUCGAAGGAGGGGGAAACAACUAUCACCCAGUGUGUGUGUGUGGAGACAUCUACAUUGUGCAUUUCUCUGCAGGCCGGGCAGUGAGCAGUGCAGUGUACCAUGGUGGAGCCUGACCCGGAACAAAUGGCGUCUGGAGCCGGGCAGCGUCUCGGAGCCCCAGAGACCCUUGGCAUCAGCACGUUGGACCCCGGGCACAGACCUCCGGCCAUGCCCGCCGGACGACAUGUUACCAUCAGGGUCCGUAUGCUGGACGACACAGAGGAGCUCUUUGACAUCUCGCAAAAAGCCUCGGGCAAAGUGCUGUUUGACCUGGUGUGUUCCCACAUGAACCUCAUCGAGGGCGACUACUUUGGCUUGGAGUUUCAGAACCAUCAAAAGAUGAUGGUUUGGUUGGAUCACAUCAAGCCCAUUAUCAAGCAGCUCAGACGACCGAAGCAGACGAUCCUGAGGUUUGCCGUGAAGUUCUUCCCUCCAGACCACGCACAGCUACUGGAGGAGUUGACGAGGUACCUGUUUGCCCUCCAGAUCAAACAGGACCUCUCCUCUGGACGUCUGACCUGCAACGACAGCAGCGCGGCACUGAUCGUCUCCCACAUUAUCCAGUCUGAGAUUGGGGACUUCGAGGAGAGUCAGUGCCGGUCGCACCUCCUCAACAACAACUACAUCCCCGAUCAAAUGCCCCUGAUCGACAAGAUCAUGGAGUUUCACUCAAAGAAUAUAGGUCACACACCUUCAGAAUCAGACUAUCAGUUACUAGAAGUGGCGCGUCGGCUGGAGAUGUACGGGAUCCGCCUUCACCCUGCCAAGGAUCGUGAGGGCACGGGUUUAGGCUUGUCCGUGGGGCACACCGGGGUCCUGGUCAUUCAGGGACACACGAGGAUCAAUGCCUUCAACUGGUCUAAAGUCCGUAAACUGAGCUUCAAGAGGAAACGUUUCCUCAUCAAGCUGAGGCCAGAUUUAAAUAGUUCGUACCAGGACACUCUGGAGUUCCUGAUGGCGAGCAGAGACUGUUGUAAAGUCUUCUGGAAGAUCUGUGUCGAGUACCACGCCUUCUUCCGCCUCUUUGAGGAACCGAAGGCCAAACCCAAGCCUGUGCUCUUCACACGAGGCUCCUCCUUCAGAUUCAGCGGUCGCACACAGAAGCAGGUGAUUGAUCAUGUGAGGGAGUCCGAGUUUAAAAAGAUCCCGUUUGAAAGGAAACACAGUCGGGUCCAACACAACAGCCGCCUGUCGCCGCUGCCUUCUCCGCGUCACCAUGAAGUGCCAACAGAAAGGGGUCCUCCUCCCAUGGACAGAGUCGACCCUCCUCCUCAGCGUCACUGGAAAGAGUCGGUGUUGGUGAGCGCAGAAGAUGCCUCACGACCCACCAGGGCGAGCCCCUCCCACCAGACCAACGGCCACGAGGACAGAACGGGGUCGGUGUCCAGGACGGAGGAGACAAGAGGCUCGACGCGACAGAUCCACCAAGAACCUCAGAGUACAGCUGUGGCGUCCAACAGUCCCCACCUGUCCGCGUCCUCCGCCCACUCCCACGGCAUGGUCAACGGUCAGAAGUCCCUGGAGCUGUGCGGCCACAGUCCCGACGGCCGGCUGCCCUCCCCACUCACCAGUCCGCUGCUCAACGACGCCUGCAGCGUUCGCACCGACGACGAGGACGAGGUUCGGAGGAAGAGGUUUCCAACAGAUCGGGCCUAUUUCAUCGCCAAGGAGCUGCUGACCACAGAGCGAACAUAUCUGAAGGACCUGGAGGUGAUAACUGUGUCUUUUCAGAGUGCCGUGGGUGAGGACGAGGCGACUCCAGACUCUUUGAAGAGCACCGUCCACUCCACCUUCGAGCCGCUGCACAAGUUUCACGCAGGUUUUCUCAAGGAGGUGGAGCAGCGGCUGGCGAUGUGGGAAGGACGCUCCAACGCUCACAUCAAAGGAGACUAUCAGCGCAUUGGAGACGUUAUGUUGAAGAAUCUGCAAGGUUUGAAGCCGCUGACGGCAAACCUGCACAAGCAGUCCGAAGUCCUGUUAGAGCUGGAGAAGGCCAGCAGGGCGUCCCGCAAGGUGGAGGGUCUCUGCAGGGACUUUGAGCUGCAGAAGGUCUGCUACGUCCCCCUGAACGUCUUCAUCCUGCGCCCGCUGCAUCGCCUCGUUCACUACAAGCAGAUCCUGGAGCGCCUGUGCAAACACUACACCGCUACUCACGUGGACUUCAGGGACAGCAGAGCUGCUCUGGCUGAUGUGUCUGAGGUGGUGGAGCUGCUCCAGGGAAGUUUAAUCAAGAUGGAGAACUUCCAGAAGCUUCUGGAGUUGAAGAAGGAUUUGAUUGGCAUUGACAAUCUUGUUGUUCCUGGUCGGGAGUUCAUCAGGUUAGGCUGCCUCAGCAAACUGUCUGGAAAAGGCCUACAGCAACGAAUGUUCUUCCUGUUCAACGACGUCAUUUUGUACACGAGUCGGGGGAUGACGACGACCAAUCAGUUCAAAGUGCACGGACAGCUGCCGCUACACGGCAUGAAGGUCAGGGAGAGUGAAGACGAGUGGGGCGUUCCUCACGCCUUCACGCUGGUUGGAGAGCGACUGUCGGUGGUGGUGGCAGCAAGUUCAGUGAAGGAGAUGGAGAAGUGGAUGGACGACAUUAAGACGGCAAUAGAAAUGGCACAAACCAGCAACGGGACCUCAUCUGACCUGGUGACCUGCAAACUGACCGACAACAAAUGCCCUGAGGACUCCCAGGCCGAGGUGGAGUCCGAGGACGACAUGGCCGCCCUGCCGCACGCCGCGCCGGAGAGGCCCACCCCUCACCGUGGUAACACCAUGGUGCACGUGUGCUGGCACAGGAACACCAGUGUGUCCAUGGUGGACUUUAGCAUAGCUGUGGAGAAUCAACUGUCUGGAAAUUUACUGAGGAAGUUCAAGAACAGCAACGGCUGGCAGAAGCUCUGGGUGGUCUUCACCAACUUCAGCCUGUUUUUCUACAAAUCUCACCAGGAUGAUUAUCCACUGGCCAGCCUUCCUCUGCUGGGCUACUCUGUCACCGUCCCCACAGACACUGAAAACAUUCACAAGGACUACGUCUUCAAACUGCAGUUCAAGUCCCACGUGUAUUACUUCCGAACGGAGAGUGAAUAUACUUUUGAGAGGUGGAUGGAGGUCAUCCGCAGCGCCACGGUCCCCUCCAGCCGCGCUCGCUUCCUGAACAACAAGGAGUCUCACCUUCACUGAGUCGACUCGCUUCCACACACUUUGUCUCCCUCGGGUGGCGUCCUCUCUUCCUGGCCCGCCCCCCUCGCCUCCUGGACUCUUUGCUUUUCUUGUCCACAUACAGUAUAUCCGGGACAUUUAUACACGUGUCCAUGCACAUUUGGUGCUUUUUAAUGCUUUAAUGGUGACAUGUCCGCUGGUUUAGACUGCAUCAGAGACUGCAUUUUUUUUGGCAUUUUUUACUCUCAACUCUGAAACCUCUUUUUACGGAUGUCAUUUUUAUACGGUUUUCUAAUGGUCUCAACCACUUCUUAUCUUUCUGGUUUUAACAUUGUUGCCAUCAGCAGGAACGUGUUGAUAUAGAAACUCAGCAAUCUUUCUUAGAUGGUUAAACUAUCACUGCAUUGUCACACACUUUUGUCUACUUGGUUUAUUUCAUUGAAAACGGCUGCUUUGAAAACUGUCCUGCAACCUUGGUGCCAAAACUGAUUUAUAGCGACAUCCUGGACUUUUUAACAGUAUUUUGUUACACGGGGGAUAAAGGAGCGCUCCUAUGCUACAAACCAUGUAAUUGAAAAUCAUGUAAAACAGGCCAACCUUUUAAAGGUCAACGCUGUGUUCACAUCCAGACCAGCACAAUGUGUUCUUGUUUAAGAAAAAAGAGAGAAAGUGAUGAAAAUAUGAAAUUAUUUUUGUUGUAUUAUUCAACAUAAUCCUAGGAUUGAUCACGAUGUGGCUAGAGGUAGCUGCCAUCACCACUAACUCAAUUUCAAGUAAAUAUUCUAUCUGCUGAUGUUUGUUGUAAGUCUCAGACUGUCUAUCUUCUUUUGAAAUCUUCAGUUUCCCUUAAGCAGUGAAAUGACAAAAUGGUAGAAAUGUUCAUAAUCAUCGAAUUAUGAAGACGUGUGUCAGUGAAAGCUUUAAAGAUUACGUGUGAGACAAAAUAGAAACUUUCAGUUCUAAGUGCUGUCGCCCUCACUGAACUCCAGGCUGCCUCCUGAACGAAGACGCCCACAUAUUUUUAUGGGUAUAAAUGAAUGGAAAUGUGCAUUCGACAGGGUUUUGCAGUGAAGUGAAUGAGACGGAAGAAAACCUCUGUUCUGCUUUGGAAUCGCUGCGUUUUUUCCUGACGUCAGAGAGCUCUUUGGAAAUGAAAGCAAUAAAACACAUAUUCACACUUUGA